AGCCAGGAGGGCAGAUCUGGUAUUUAGAUUGAUGAAUCGGCGUCGUUUCACGAUUUGGAGAUGCGGGGUUUUCGUUUUUGUAUGCAAAGUGCAAACCCAAACCCUCAAACCCUUUUUUCCCUCUCGAAAUCAUUUUUCCUUUUGCAUUUCUUUGUCGAAAUCAAUGGCGGAAGAAGAAGCAACGGCGUCGGAGUCCUCGGUGACGAUGGCUGAGCAGGCCGCCGCAGCGGAGACUGCGCCUAUUGAAGCUCAAACUUCGAUCGAGGCCACCAUCGAAUCGUACGCUCUGGGAGGUGCGGAAUCCACUUGCAACAACAACGAGAAUGAGGCCAAGAGCGGCGGUGGGGAAGCAUCCGCGGUGACUUCUGAUGGGGGCGAAGAGAUGUCACUGGAGUUCGCGGAAGAGUUGACGGAGAAAGGAACCACUGCUCUAAAGGAAAAUGAAUUCGAGGACGCUGUCGAGUGCUUCAGCCGCGCCCUGGAAAUCAGGGUUAAGCAUUUCGGUGAACUUGCUCCUGAAUGCGUCACUGCAUACUACCACUAUGGCCGUGCUCUCUUGUAUAAAGCUCAAGAGGAGGCUGACCCAUUGGGUUCAGUACCGAAGAAGGACAGUGAAUCUAAGCAGCCAUCUGGUAAAGAUGUGUUUGUGAAGAUUUCAUCUAAUGGGGAAUCUUCUUCAACAUCAAGCAAGGUUCAAGAGGAUGGGAGUUCCGGUCAUCAAAAGGAAGCGACGAACAAUGGUGUGAAAGAACAGGAAGAUGACGAAGAGGAAAGUGAUGACGAUGAAUUGGCUGAAGCUGAUGAGGAGGAUGAGUCUGAUCUUGAUUUGUCCUGGAAAAUGCUGGAUCUUGCGAGGGCAAUUGCUGAUAAGAAUUCUGGUGAUACCAUGGAUAAAGUGGAUGUACUAUCAGCUCUAGCUGAAGUUGCCUUAGAGAGAGAGGACAUUGAAACAUCUCUCAGUGACUACCAGACUGCUCUAUCCAUCUUAGAGCGGCUCGUUGAACCUGACAGUAGGCUUAUAGCUGAACUAAACUUCCGGAUCUGUUUAUGUCUGGAAACUGGCUCUAGGGCAGAGGAAGCAGUCCCCUAUUGCGAGAAAGCUAUUUCAGUAUGCAAGUCACGUCUGCAUCGUCUCGUCGCUGAAACAAAGAGUUCUUCUGAGUCAGCAGCAACAUCAGCUGUUUCAGAAAUGGAUGAGGGUGUGCAGCAGUCAUCUACUGGACCUCUGCCUGACAUAUCUGUAUCAGACAAAGAAGAAGAGAUUGAAACACUUACUGGUCUAUCUCUGGAUCUAGAAAAGAAGCUCGAAGAUCUCCAGCAGCUAGCCGUGAACCCAAAGUCGAUUCUUCAAGAGAUCCUGGGAAUGGCAGCAGCCAGGGCCAGAGGCGACGAUCAGAAGACUGCUUCCCCGGGUUUAGGGAGCUCUUCUUCACGGUUUGCAAUGAAUAGAAAUGCUGGCGAGUCGGAGUCCCCUACUGUCUCGACUGCUCAUACAAAUGGAGAUGAUGGUGGUGUUACUCACCUGGGUGUUGUUGGGAGAGGAGUGAAGCGCGUGUUGAUGGCCCCGAUCAGCCCAGCAAAGAAACCCGCUGUUGAGGCAUCGACAGACGGAGCAGAGGGGGAUGAUGAUGCCAAAGCUUCUUGAAUGUCCGGUUUGAAUCUCGAUCGUUGGACCUUUUUUUAACUAUUGGGAGCUCACUAUAGAUUAGUCUUAUGAGGAUGGAAAGAGGACUUAGUUACAUCGUUUCUGCAUUCUGCUCGUGUUGCGUGACCUUAGUUAUACUCCCCCCUGUGGUAUGUAGUAGGAUUGUGUUGCUCAAACUGAUUAUCUAGUGUUUUAGGUCAACUUGCUCCAAACCAAAUCAUCCACCCUAACUUUCAAAUCAAUUCGAAACAAUGAGUAAUGAGAUGUCUGUUAUGUCCGAUUCGAGCCUUGUUCAUCGACAUAGAAAGUUCCGCUGCAACUUCUCCCACAUCGAGCUCGAAUAUGUCGGAUGAUGCUAACUAUGAACCACCUCUUCUCGCCACGUAAAUACAAGGCGAAAAAUCUUGUUAUGACUGGGAAUGAAAAAAGCGUGGAAGCAAAGGAAGAAGUGAUCCAAAGAAUUUUUCCUUUUCCUCUUUGAGAUAGAUCGAUAGAUAGGAUUUGGAGAUGUGUUAUAAGGUAGAAAGGCAGCCACUGCCCACUGCAUGUGCCGCUCGUGAGCUGGCGUAUUCGUUGUUUUCCACUUCCCGCCUCCCCUUCGCUUCAACAACUACCUACCUAACCACCAGAAAGAUGCCCACCAACCGCCACCGCCACCUAGGGAUGACAACUUUGUCCAUACCCAUGGGUUUCUUACUAUCCAACCCAAUUGGGUUGGGUAUGAAAUCCAAAUAGAUGGAUAUGGGUAGAGUUUGAUGGGUUUGUACUCAUACCCAUUUACUUUGGGUUAAGUUGGGUUUAUAUCAAAUGGAUUUAGGUUUGUACCCAUGCCCAAAUACAAAUUACAUUUUGGUACCCAAACUUAAUAAAUAUUCAUAUUUAGUACCUAAAUUUAAUUUUUUUUGCAUAUGUCCUCAAAAUAUCGAUGGAAAAUUACGUUUUGGUACCUAAAUUUUUUUGGUCUUACAUUUUGGUACCUAUACUUUUCAAGUUUUACAAAUAGGUCCAAAUUUUGCAUAUGUAGUUAAAACACCCUCGAGUAAAUGGAUAUCCAUAUCCAACCCAUACCCAUUUAGAUUAUGGAAGCCCCAAACCCAUCUAUAAACCCCCAAAUCCAUAUGCACUUCACCCAUACCCAACCCAUUAUCAAUGGGUCUACUUGGGUUUGGGUAUAAUUACCCAUGGGUGGGUAAUUUGCCAUCCCUACCGCCACCCACUGCGGACACCGCCUCUGCCUCCACCGCUCCAGCCACCGUAGGUUCGUUGUGUGUGUAUUUAAUUGUUUUUGCUAUAAUCGAAUUUCAGCCACGAAUAAGUUUUAACAGUGGAU